CCGUGGAAGUAUCACUGACGCAAUGCACAACAAAGCUGACGCAAAACCAUGCUGCAAGUGAGAGAGGAAGGGGACGCGCUAUCUCUGCCAUCGUUAUGCUAGCUGGCUAGCUAGCUAGUCACGUAUUUCAUGUCUUUCUCUUUUACCUCAACAUGAAUAUUGCCGAGCAUCGUUUUCUCAUUGCCUGGAGCAGAUAAACCACAGAGAUGUCAGAUCACGGUGAUGCAUGUCCUCACCUGGACUGCAUAGGGGAGGUAACCAAGGAGGAACUUUUGCAGAAGUCAAAGGGGACGUGCCAGUCCUGUGGAGCAGCCGGCCCUAACCUUUGGGCUUGUCUCCAGAAUGACUGUCCCUAUGUUGGCUGUGGAGAGUCUUACUCAGAUCACAGCACUUUGCAUGCACAGGCUAAAAAGCACAACCUGACGGUCAACCUAACCACCUUCAGGAUCUGGUGCUAUAUCUGUGAGAGGGAAGUGUUCCUGGAACAGAGGCCUGUUGCACCUGUGUCUGGUCACCACCACUGCAAGUCCCAGGUGCAGGAGCCAGCGCCUCAGACAGCAAGUCACCCUCUAAAGGCUGUACCAAUUGCAGUGGCAGAUGAGGAGGAGUCUGAGUCCGAGGAUGAUGAGCUCAAACCACGAGGGCUCACUGGGAUGAAAAACAUUGGCAACUCCUGCUACAUGAAUGCUGCUCUCCAAGCUCUGUCAAACUGCCCCCCACUGACUCAGUUCUUCCUGGACUGUGGUGGAUUGGUCCGGACUGACAAGAAGCCUGCACUGUGUAAAAGCUACCAGAAACUCAUCUCCGAGCUCUGGCACAAGAAACGGCCCAGUUAUGUGGUCCCCACGAGCCUGUCCCACGGCAUCAAGCUGGUUAACCCCAUGUUCCGAGGCUACGCCCAACAGGACACUCAGGAGUUCCUCCGCUGCCUAAUGGACCAGCUGCACGAGGAGCUGAAGGAGCCGCUGGCCGAGUGCGGAGGGGGCGACCGGGGCGAGGCGGACGAGCGGCGGGACGGAGACUGCAGCCCCUCGGAGGACGAGUUCCUGUCCUGCGACUCGGGGGCCAGCAGCGACCGGGGGGAGGGGGGCGAGGGCCGGGGCCCGGGCGAGGCCGAGCUCCUCAUACAGGACGAGUGCGGGGGCCGGGGCGGGAGCGGGGGCAGAGGGGGCAUCUCGGAGAAGGAGCGGCAGAAGGAGAGGAGGGUCUCGGGCUCCCCCCUCCACGGGGGCUCCCAGGAGAUGGACGAGGACGCAGACGUGGACACGGCGGCGGAGGAAGGGGCCCCCGCGCGGGGAGCGGAGGGCGUGGGCGUGGCCUCAAAAGCCCAAAACAACCAGAGCCAAAGCCGCAGUGCUCCAGAGCCCGACAACGAGGCGUCGAUGCACCGCAACGCCUCCCGCCCGUGCAGUCCCGCGCACAGCCUCCAGGAGCUGCACCCCAAGCUGUCGAGCAGCCCCCCGCGCUCCAGCCCCCUGAGGUCCAUGGGGCUGGCCUACUCCCUGAAGAAAGCCCAUCUUCUGCUCAAUGGUAAGAAGAAGAAGCAGGCACGAUACCGCAGUGUGAUCUCGGACAUCUUCGACGGCUCCAUCCUGAGCCUGGUGCAGUGUCUGACCUGUGACAGGGUGUCCACCACUGUGGAGACGUUCCAGGACCUGUCCCUGCCCAUCCCUGGAAAAGAGGACCUGGCUAAGUUGCAUUCCUCCAUCCACCAGAACCUUCCGGCAAAGACCGGCACCUGCCCCGACAGCUACGCCUCGCAGGGCUGGAUCACCUAUAUCAUGGACUCCAUCCGCAGGUUUGUGGUGUCCUGUAUCCCCAGCUGGUUUUGGGGCCCUAUGGUCACACUGGAAGACUGCCUGGCUGCCUUCUUUGCUGCUGAUGAGCUGAAAGGUGACAACAUGUACAGCUGUGAAAGAUGUAAAAAAUUGAGAAAUGGUGUUAAAUAUUGUAAGGUUCUUCGCCUUCCAGAAAUUUUGUGUAUUCACCUCAAACGGUUUCGGCACGAGGUCAUGUACUCCUUCAAAAUCAAUAGCCAUGUGUCAUUUCCAUUGGAGGGACUUGACCUCCGACCAUUUCUGGCCAAGGAAAGCCCCUCCCAGAUCACAACCUAUGACCUCCUUUCUGUGAUCUGCCACCACGGUACUGCUGGAAAAUUCCAAACAGGCGGCCAUUACAUUGCCUACUGCCAGAAUGUUAUCAAUGGGCAGUGGUAUGAGUUUGAUGACCAGUACGUUACGGAGGUGCACGAGACCGUGGUCCAGAACUCUGAAGCCUAUGUGCUCUUCUACAGGAAGAGCAGCGAGGAGUCGGUCAGGGAGAGGCAGAAAGUGGUGGCCCUGGCCAACCUGAAAGAGCCCUGCCUGCUGCAGUUCUACAUCUCCCGCGAGUGGCUCAACAAGUUCAACACCUUCACCGAGCCCGGCCCCAUCACCAACCGUACCUUCCUGUGUCAGCACGGAGGAAUUCCUCCCACCAAGUACCAUUACAUCGAUGACCUGGUGGUGAUCCUGCCCCAGAAUGUGUGGGAAUACCUCUAUAACAGCUUUGGAGGAGGGCCCGCUGUGAACCACCUGUGCGUGUGCGCCAUCUGCCAGGUGGAAAUCGAAGCUCUGGCCAAGCGCAGGAAGGUGGAGAUCGACACCUUCAUCAAGCUGAAUAAAGAGUUCCAGGCAGAGGAAGCCCCAACGGUCAUUUUGUGCAUCAGUAUGCAGUGGUUUCGGGAGUGGGAGAGCUUCGUCAAGGGGAAGGACAAUGAGCCUCCAGGGCCAAUAGACAACAGCAAAAUUGGGGUAAUGAAAGGGGGUCACAUACAACUCAAACAAGGGGCGGACUAUGGGCAGAUCUCAGAGGAGACCUGGCAGUACCUGCUCAGCAUCUACGGCGGGGGCCCCGAGAUCGCCGUGCGGCAGACGGUGGCGCCGGCCGACUCCGACGGCCUCCACGGGGAGUGUAAGAUUGAGGCGGAGACCAGGGCCCUCUGACCCCCCCCCCCCCACCCCCCACAUCUCUCUGCUGGGAUGAACAUUGUCCCCCUCAGAAGAGAAAAUGGCACUGACUUUGCACCUUGGUGAAACCAUGUUGUGAGCACUUUGUAAUGUAGCAGUCUGUAAUUUUAUUACCAGUUGAAGACGACAUAGUAAAUAUUAUAAUCGAA